CCUUCCUCCCGCCCUUCUCCUCGCCUCAGCCCAGCCCAGCGGAGCCCGGCGCGGCGGCGGGGUCUGGGCUCCUCACCCGCCCCCCGAUGACUGCGGCAAACUGCGGCGGCGCCAACGACGAGUUCGACUUCAGGCUCAUCUUCGGGGAGGACGGGCAGCAGCCCGGGCCGGGGCCGCCGUCGACGACGACGCCACUGCCACAGCCGCUUGGGCCUGCGGCAGCAGCAGCAGCAGAUCUUGAACCUGAUGAUUGUGCAUCUGUGUGUAUCUUCAGCGUAGAUCAUUCAUCAUCUGUAAAUCAUCCUAUUUGUAUCCCUUGUCAUGGAUUUCAAUCACACCCUUCUCCUUUGUCUUCGCCUACUAGACUACAGGGUCAUAAAGGCUAUGAAGGAACAUGUGAAAUACCAGAAUCAAAAUACAGUCCCUUAGGUGGUCCUAAGCCCUUUGAGUGUCCUAGUAUUCAAAUUACAUCUAUCUCUCCUAACUGUCAUCAAGGAAUUGAAGCCAGUGAAAAUGAAUUGCACACAAAUGGCCCUCAAAAUGAAUAUAUGGAAAGGCCUUCAAGGGAUCACUUGUAUCUUCCGCUUGAGCCAUCUUACAGGGAAUCAUCCCUUAGUCCAAGUCCUGCCAGCAGCAUUUCCUCUCGGAGCUGGUUCUCGGAUGCCUCCUCUUGCGAGUCAAUCUCUCAUAUUUAUGAUGAUGUGGAUUCAGAACUGAAUGAAGCUGCUGCUCGAUUUACCCUUGGGUCACCUUUGGCAUCUCCUGGAGGUUCUCCAAGGGGAUGUCUGGUGGAUGAACCUUGGCAACCAUCAUAUGGAUUUGGGCAUGCCUUGUCACCUAGACAAUCUCCUUGUCAUUCUCCUAGGACUAGUAUCACAGAUGAAAAUUGGCUUAGCCCUAGGCCGACCUCAAGACCAUCAUCAAGGCCUACAUCACCAUGUGGGAAACGGCGACAUUCUAGUGCUGAGAUCUGUUACAUUGGUUCACUUUCUCCUCACCAUUCUCCAACUCCAUCACCAGGACACUCUCCUAGGGGAAGUAUAACAGAAGACACAUGGCUAAAUUCUUCUUUCCAUGGUCCGACUCCUGGCCUUUCACCUUUUCAGUGUUGUGCAGAGACUGACAUCCCUCUUAAAAGAAGAAAUACCUCGGAGGAUCAAACUGCCAUUAUAACAGGAAAAAUAGAGCUUUGUUCUGAAGAACAGGGUUGUGUAUCACCAUCCCUUGAAAAUGCAAUAGAUGAUAGCUCUGGAUCGCAGCAUACAUUAAAAAAAGACUUGUCAGGUGACCAAUUUCUUUCUGUUCCUUCACACUUUACCUGGAACAAACCAAAGCCUGGCCAUACUCCUAUUUUUCGCACAUCUUCGUUGCCUCCCCUAGACUGGCCUUUGCCAACUCAAUAUGGACAGUGUGAAUUGAAAAUAGAAGUACAACCAAAAACUCAUCAUAGAGCACAUUAUGAAACUGAAGGUAGUAGAGGAGCAGUAAAAGCAUCUACUGGUGGGCAUCCUGUAGUGAAGCUUCUGGGUUAUAGUGAAAAACCAGUAAACCUACAGAUGUUCAUUGGGACAGCAGAUGACCGUUACUUACGGCCACAUGCCUUUUACCAGGUGCAUAGAAUCACAGGGAAAACAGUUGCUACUGCUAGUCAAGAAAUAAUUAUUGCUAGCACAAAGGUCUUGGAAAUUCCACUUCUUCCUGAAAACAAUAUGUCAGCCAGUAUUGAUUGUGCAGGGAUUUUGAAACUCCGCAAUUCAGACAUAGAACUUCGUAAAGGGGAAACAGAUAUUGGAAGGAAAAAUACAAGAGUACGACUUGUUUUUCGAGUACACAUCCCGCAGCCUAGUGGAAAAGUCUUAUCCCUUCAAGCUGCUUCAAUACCUGUUGAAUGCUCUCAGAGAUCGGCUCAAGAACUUCCUCAGAUAGAGAAAUACAGCAUCAAUAGUUGCUCAGUAAAUGGAGGCCACGAAAUGGUUGUUUCAGGAUCUAACUUCCUUCCGGAAUCAAAAAUAAUAUUUCUUGAAAAGGGGCAAGAUGGACGGCCCCAGUGGGAGGUAGAAGGAAAAAUAAUUAGGGAGCGGAGUCAAGAGGUUACAAUUGUUCUUGAAAUUCCUCCGUAUCACAACAAAACAAUUACAGCUGCUGUGCAGGUGCAGUUCUAUGUUUGCAACGGCAAGAGGAAAAAAAGCCAGUCUCAGCGUUUUACUUACACUCCAGUUGUACUGAAACAAGAGAACAGAGAUGAAAUGGAUUUGUCUUCAGUUCCAUCAUUGUCCCUGACUCGUUGUACAGGUGUUAAAGGACUCUCUUCUCUCCAAACUCAGCUGCCUUCACCAGAUCCAGGGCUCUCACAUGAUAGUUUACUUUCUACUUCACCCAGGAGCCUUGUAUGCCCAGUUCAGCAAACAUACACACCCAUGGUGUCCACAGCAGUAUCUCAGUUGUCACACAUCCAAAGUAGAAACAUUAGUCCCGGUGAAGAGCAUCCUGUUUUGUCUCCAGCUGUAGUCCACCAGUCUUUUCAGGUAACAUCAGCUUCUUCUGUGAGGCCUUCCUACCAGCCUAUACAAUCUAAUGUUAUGUUUAAUGGACAGUCUGGUCUUCCCAUGAACUCCGCCUCCUCCAGCCAAGGAUAUGAUGGAAUGUCAUUUCAACAAGAUGCAGCUGUACCUCCACUGAUAAACCUUAGCUGCCAAUCUCUACCACCAAUGCCGUAUCAUUCAUCAAAUCCAGGUUCAGUGUCAACUUCCACUGCAACAGGAGGCCAUCCUUCAACACACCCCGCUCAUUCAAGGCAAUCAUCACCUCAUCUGCAAUCAAUGGGGUACCACUGUCCAAAUCCUCAGCAAAAUUCUGUCCCUUCUGCAAUGACUCAGUCCCUUGGACAUCCUUCCACACAGUUGCAGCAAGUCACUUACCAUUCUUCAAAUGCAGGUAACACUUCAUCACCAUCCCCAAAAUCUUCUCAUUCUUUGGUCCAUUCACCACGAUCUGGGCCAUCUUCUCCACAAUUGCAGCCUAUGCCUUACCAGUCUCCUAGCUCAGGACCUGCCUCAUCUCCUCCUCCAACUACUGUUAGUCAUUCUGGACAACAGUCCCCACAGGCACACAGUCCAGGUUUGGGAGGAAUUGCUGCAGCUUCAUCCUUGAUGCAUCAUAGCAUAUGUGAUGCAUCUUCAUUUUCAUCAGAGGGGUCAGCUGUUAACGUUAAACCUGAACCUGAAGAUCGAGAAUUGAAUUUUCAGACAAUGGGGCUGCAAGACAUCACCUUAGAUGAUGUGAAUGAAAUAAUAGGAAGAGAUAUGUCACAGAUCUCCGUGUCCCAUGGAGGAGGAAUAGCCAUCCAUUCUCCACACGCAUGUUCCGCAUCUUUGGAGGCAGGAAUAUCGGAUGGAGUUUAGUAGCAACUAAGCUUAUGACUUAAGUGACCCAGAAAACUUCGCACUUUUCCUGUGAAUACUGCUUCAUCCCCCUCUUUAGAUGUACCGUGCUUCCGACUUUGUGGCCUUGAUGAUCUGGAACAGUGGAUCCUUGCAGAGCUGUUCUGGGAGGGUGGGAAGGGGUUACACUUCUAGUUUAGGGACAGAGCAGUCUAAUUUUAGCUUUUUAGGAUGCUGUACAAAUUCUUUGUAAAAAUGGACACAAAGAAGCGACACAAGCUACUUUAACCUUGAAAAAAAAAAUACCAAUGAGCUUUGCUUGUUUUGUGCAUUUAAUAGAAUUCUUUUAUAUUAAGUGCUUAAUUGUAUGGAGAAAUUUAGUUUUGCUCUCAAUAUGCACAGUACUGAAUGUGGGGAGUUGUUUUUUUUUAAAUACACAUCUUCAUAUGCUGCUUUUCCUUAGAAGAGAUAAUAGGAUUGUAAUAUAAAUUUGUAUACCUUUGGGCAGGAGGUCUUUUUGAAGAGCCUUUAAGCUUAUAUUGUUUAAAAGAGAACUUUUUUAUAAUGAAAUCUUCCAGAGGCACAAACGUACCUGUCAUCUUAAGCCAAUGCCUUUGGAAGUCUUGCGUAUAGAAGAUUAUUAGCAUUUUCUUCGGAUUUUUAGGAAGCAAAGCCAAAUGUAGGUCUGUGUUCUUCAUACAUUGAAACCUUUGGGUAGGCUGCGAAGAGACCAUUCCACCAUGGAAAUAUUGGGAUAGAAAUGACAUUCCAAAAUCUAACUUUUUUAACUUUAUACCCCUUGCUAGUACAGGCCCCCUUUAACAGAAGCAGCUUUACUUGUUCAGAACAUUUUCUAUAAAUGCUCAUUUUUAAGAAAGCAAAUUAAGAUUUUUGGAUAUAUACAAAAGCCAUACUCUAUAAGGAUACCUUUUGGUCAGAGUUGUUUUAAGCAAGGCUUCUCCACACUGUCUUGAAAUCCCUCAGGUAGGGGUUUUUUCCUGUUAGAUAAAUCUGAUUUAUAUCUCUUGUUACUUGAAUUGGCUUCUUAAAAUAUUUCUGAUGGCAUUGUGGCACUUCUGUUCACAGGAGUUCAUCCUCUAAGACAGGGAUGGGUAACUUGUGGCAUUCAAAUGUUUUGGCCUACAACUCCCAUCAUUCCUCACCAUGGGCCAUGGUCAUGAAGGCUGUUGGAAGUUGUAGCCCAGAACACCUGGAAGGCCACAAGUUGUCUAGCCAUGUUUUAUGUAGCCCGAGUAUAUACUAAAGGGAAUGUAAUAGAUUUUGAUAAAUCAGUAGAACAUGUUCCAGAUUUUGAACAAUUCUUGAAGCCCUCAUGCUGUAACAGGUGUUCUUAACACUGCUAAUAAAGGCAGCUUACUGGCAGUGAUCAGGGGCACAAUCCACCAUAAGCUCUUGUGCAAGCACCAUUGAAAAUAACGGGGUUUGUGACCUUCUGCAUCUCCCAUUGUACUUUCAGUAGCCCACACCAUCGAGGAAUAAUGUUUACACUAUGCCUUUGAAUUGUCAGGCCUCUCUGAAUAGGAAAAAAAAAUUAGGAGUGCAACUGAAACUGCCAAGUGGCACCAUUUCAUGUUUGUGGUUCACACAAUGGUAUAACUCAUAGGGGCUUCUCUGAUUACAGAAUUUGUCUGAUACAGAAUCCAAACAUUAAAGAUGAGAAUCCCCGGUAGAUAAAGUUGAUUUUUGUUGUUCUGUGUAUAGUUAAUAUUUCUACUAAAACUGAAAAUCAAGCUUAUUCAGCUUUAGCUGUGUUAUCUGUACAGCACCAUGUACAUUGAUGGUGCUAUAUAAAUAAAUAAUAAUAAUAAUAAUUAGCUGACCAAACGGAAUAGGAGACUCCAAAUUGGAAUGAACGUUAAGAAGGGUGCUUUUGUUUUGAAAGCCAUAAGGGUGAGAUUAAACUACUGUCCUCUUGUUGUUUUUAGCUAAUUUACAUUGCAACAUAAGUCUUAAUUACAUCCAAUGUUUUGAUUCCUUGUUAGAAGCAAGAUGGGCUCUUUACUCGCAUGCUAUCACCAGCCUGCUGACAGAGGCUGUAAGGCCUAUCCUGGGAACUCUCCAGGAAACAUGAAUAGGAAGUUCAGUGAGUUUUAAGUAUGCUCCCCUCUUGUGAAGAGACCGUUUUGUUCUUCAAGUUACAUACUACCCUAUUGCAAAAACGAAAUAUAGCAGGUUCAGGUGUGUUUGCUCAGCUUCAGCAGAAAACUAUGCCUGUCCUUUUCAGGAACAACAAAACGAUUCCAGUAAAGUUCAGAAUUAAUAUUUAAGCAUGGUAAUAGUAGAUGACUGUCCAGACAAAUGUGUAGAUUUUUUGUUGGGAUCUACAUCGCAAGAGCAGGAAAGGAAUCUGCCUUCAUAUGAGCUGCUACCUUGAAUGUUGUAAUCAGGUGGAUGUGACGUUUUGGUAGCUCCUAAGUUGGUGCAGCAUUUUGCGCCCUCCCCCCCCCCCCCCCCGCUCCCCUCCCUCAGGUAGAUCUACAUUUGCUCCUGAGAUACUUAACAUUCUCAUUUUUUCUGUGAUUACAAAAUUGCAAUGUGUAACUAUUAGACAUCAAAGGGGCAGUUCUGCUGUUUGGAGAAGGUGGCCUCUAGUGUUCCUUUGCAAGUAAAUCUGUCUUCUGUUCACUGUGUUCAAACCGUUUUAAAAGAAGCUGAAGUAUGGCUAGUUACGCUGUAGCACUUUGCUCCUUUUUAAAUAGCCGAAGCCUUUAAUGUAUACUUUGUGAUGGUGGCUGUAUUACAGUUUUCGCUCCUUAUAAUGGUUCUGCAGUAACCAAUGGUUGCAGGGAGAUUUUGCAUUUCAGAGCUUUCUCUAAUCUGUGGGUUUUUAUGCCCCUUGAUGGUGCGUGGUACAGCCUCUUCUCCCUUCUAGACCGUCUUGAGUAGUUUGAAUUUAUAUUGUACCUAACAUGUGGGAACCCAAACAAUCCCGUGUUGCUAUGCACUAAGUGAGCAAUCCACCUCGCACUGCAGCUUCACAGCCUCUCUCCAUCUCAGCAAGAUUUGCGUAGGAGCUCCUUGUAAAUGCCUACUGAAACGAAUGGAGAUUUUGCAGCAGUGGAAUUGGUGGAUUGUUCACAAAAUCUUCUGAUGCCUUUAAAUACCUUGAUGCCUGUAGAUGUAGAAAUGCUUUCCUAUUUAAAACAAAAUUAUAGACUUUGGGUACUAAAAUGGUUGUAUUUGCCUUGUAAAAGCUUCAAUACAAGGGUCUUAAUUUUAUUUUUUUGCUUGUGUGAUGCUAUAGAUAAGACUGUUAAUCAUGUGUAAUGUAGUGGAUAUAAAAGCACACGAUCUCCAUUGGACUAUGCAACUUACGAUUUUCAGCAGCAGCCUGUGACUGGCUUCUACCUUUUGCUAGCCUCUCUUGCCUCCAAAUCUACAAUUACUUUCUACGCUGGUGUCCAAUUUUUUAAAAAAUAUGAUGGGAAGCAUUAAUAAAGUAACAUCUUUUGCAGAAAGAUUGGAGGCUUUUGUAAAUCAAAUGAGGGGCAGUCAAUGGCUCAUUUGACAUGGGCUUUAAAAGUAGUUUGGUUUUACCAAAGUUUGACCACAAUCUGGCACUCAUUGUAAUAAAACUGUUCAUCAGAAAAAUGGAACUGCCAUCCUUUAUAAACCAAAGAUUAAAGAAGAAGAUAACAAAUUUUGUUGGGAUGCAAACAAAUCUUGGAAAACUCUAUUUUUGAUACACAGAAUGAAUGUCAUUCCUUGAGGUUUGGAGAUUGUUCAAAUUGAAGUUUUAUAUUUAACUAUGUGGGACAAUAAUGAUUUAAGACUAAAGGUUACAUUCUAGAUGUUUACAGAGCCUUGUAUUGUAAUUUCAUGUACAUUUUGUGUAUUAAACCUUUUGUAAGUUAUGAUUGCAGUGCUACAUGCAGAAAUACAAAGGGAAAAAAUGCGUUUUAGGCUCUUGAAUCAUAGUGUUGAAAUAAACAAGAAAAUGCAUACAAA